UGCGUGUAUCUGCGUGUACCUGCUCUGAGGAAUCGGCGAGGAUGUUUAUGGCAUUCCGCACGCACACCACGGUCUAGUCUUUCACGGGACAAUGGAAUGCUCGGGCACAUCGGCUUCGUCAUCCUUGGAGACGCGAUCACGGAUCCAGAUUCACCUGCGAAAUCGCCUCUUGAUUGCACGCGCUGCACGUCGCACACGCCUGCUGGACGACGACGAACUACUCAGCCCUUGCAGGGCUGAGUCGUGCCACUCUGCGUAUCCAUCAUGCUUGAAACACGGCAGAAAUACUGGGGAACGGGCCCGCCGGCGCCCAGGUCUCGCAUGGAAAAUUGGCCGACAGUUCUGUUCUCAUGGUGGUGCACGAGCUUCGCCACAGUCAUCAUCAUCACUCGAGUCCUGGGCCGCAAAGUCCGGAACAAUAAAUUCUUUCGAGAAGACUGGAUCAUGUUGAUUGCCCUCGCACCGCUCUGGAUACGCAUGGUUUUUGUCCAUUUUGUGUUGACAUAUGGCACGAAUAACGUCGACACUGUCAACUUUUCCUUUACAGAGGACGAGAUAUACAAGAGGUCUAUCGGCUCGCGAAUGGUCCUUGCCUCCCGAAUAUUCUAUGCCAUGUUCAUAUGGCUUUCUAAACUUACCGUCUCGGAAUUUCUCAAGCGCAUCACCAUUCGAAUCUGGCGACGAAGUUACGAGAUCACACUCCAGGGCAUCCGCAUAUUUCUUUUCCUAACAUUCGGUGCGGUCGUCGUGGCUACCUUGACGGAGUGCAACGAUUUCGAGAAGUACUGGCAGGUUGUACCGGAUCCUGGUCCUCAAUGUCGGAAAGGCUUCGCGCAGCUCAUAACCAUGGGAACGUGCGACAUCAUCACGGAUAUUGUGCUCAUCGCAUUUCCUAUACCGGUCGUUCUGAGAUCUGGACAGAGCUGGCAGCGCAAGCUGCAGAUGGUCUCCUUGUUCAGCUUGUCGGUCAUCCUAAUAGGUGUCACAGCAACGCGAAUGCCGGAGGUCGUUGAGACUGGUGGUCGACAGCAGUAUCGCACCGUAUGGGCGAGCGCAGAGAUUCUAGCAUCUGCCUUCGUCGCCAAUGCUGUCACGCUGGGAUCUUUCCUUCGAGAUAAGGGUGAGAAGAAGAAGAAGUAUAAGCCAUACAGUACUACGGACAGUAUGGAGCGAGCCUCCGCGAGACGACCUACCCUCCCGACUAUCCAUCAGAUUGAGAGUGACGAGGACCUUUUCCGAUCCGUGGGAUACGGUAUACCAGGGCAUCUGCAACGCAAACAUUCCAUUACUCCUCGACCAGCCCCGCAAGCGCUU